GGUCGACGGAUAUAUGUACUACAAACAAACAGUUAAUACUGAAGAAACUAGGUGGGUUUGUUCUGGAAGUAAGACUUCCAAUUGUCCAGCCACCAUCUACUCGUUCACUGCGAAUAACUGUGUUCUGAAGCUCAACGAAAAACACAACCACCCUAGAGACAAAGAAGAUUUAAAGAAAGUCCAGGAUAAGGUUGAUAAGGCAUAUAAAAAGGAUGUGUAUGUCCGUGGUCCAGGAAUAUUAUGUAAGAAGAUAGGGCCAGCGUUGCCCGUCCAGAAAAUACGCCCCAAGAAGUUAAGUCAGUUGACUUAGUUUCUUUCAUGUGCCAGAAAUAAGGAAUUCAAAUCCAGCUACUAUCACUAUGAUGGUCGACGGAUAUAAUUACUGCAAAGAAACGACAAACAGUGGUGAAACUAGGUGGGUUUGCUUUGUAAAUAAGAUUUACAAUUGCCCAGCCACCAUCUACUCGUACUCAGCUGGCAACAAUAUUCUGAAGCUCAACGAGAAACACAAUCACACGAGAGAAGACGAAGGUUUGAAGAGUGUCGAGGUCCCGAGUGAAAAGUCUCUGGAAAAAGAUGUUGAAGGCCCUGCCAUAUGUAAAAUUGAUACGGUCUCUAGUAUUGCCGUGCCAGAAACAACGCCACUUAGAAACGAAACUCAGUCAACAUCAACUACAUCAUCAAAAAGAAAUAAUGACGCUGAUGAAGGAUCAAGCAAUUCAGCUGAUGGAAUCAUCUUCAAGACUCGUUUGGGGAAAACACACAUUAAAAUCGGCAAGCACCGAUUUGAUAAGGAUUAUGAAAUGAACAAGAAGGUUUUCUGGAGAUGUAACAAGAAGAACAAAGGCUGCAAGGCUUACGUGACCACGUUUAGUGGCGUGGUCAUGCAAUGCGGAUCGCAUAAUCAUCAAUGAGUUCUUAUAACUUGUGUCGUUAUUAAGUUCUUCUAUUGAGCUUUGGAGCUUUUUCAUCACUGGAUUAUAAAAUUUGGCAAUUUUGCAAAAAACUAUUUUGUAAUAUUGUCCGUAAAAGAUAAAUCUUGAUUAAAUGAAUUUUUGACGAUGGCAGUGGCAUUGGUCAGGCCGAAGAAACGCGUUACCUACUUAAUUAAAAUCAUUAAAGUAUUUAAUAAAAUGAAUGAAUUGAUUAAAAUCGUCAUGCUUAUGAAGCAAAGUAGAUUAGCCUUUUUAUUAAGUAGACUAAGGUAGUAGCAGGUGCAAGUCUCAUCCCAACUAACGGAUGAUCCAGACCAGGUCCAUGAAAAACUUAAAAUACACGAGCAAUUGCGGGACAGUUUGUCACAGAUUGUUAAAAUAUACAGGCUGUUUAA